AAAGACAUUAUGCUUGCUAUGCAAAUCCUGUCAAGUUUUGUUUUUUCGAGCAUAAUUUUUAUUCUUGUUUGUAGCAGUAGUUGACGAUAAUGUUAAUUGCAUUUUCUGAAUGCUAUUUUGUUUAUUUGAAAGGGAACCAUCCUAUUUUUUGUUGAUUUGUUGUUGAAAUUUGGCGCGGGAAAUGCAGGACACACGGUGCCUUACGCAUGCAGGACAUGCACGUGUGAAGAGUUAAACUUGCUGUCAGCGGAAGCUUUCGGAUAGUUUUUUCAAAAUUUUCUACAUUGCAUUUACUAACUUUCUUUAAAAAAAAAUUCAGUUAACACUUUCCUACCUCAUUUGAAUGAAGAUCAAGAACAGUUUUAAAGACGGACGGAGGAAGACUGCGUGAGGAGAAUCAUGGGUGUCCAGGGACUAUGGCAGCUGAUCCAGUCCACUGGCAAACCGGUCUCCCUCUUGUCACUAGAUGGCAAAAUUCUUUCAGUUGAUGUUAGCAUAUGGCUCCACCAGGCUGUAAAAGGAGUAAGGGACAAGGACGGAAAUCCCCUCCCAAAUGCUCAUCUUCAGGUCCUGUUUUCUCGUCUCUGCAAGCUCCUAUUCUACAAAAUAAAACCUGUGUUUGUCUUUGAUGGUGGUGUUCCAGUUCUGAAGAAACAAACGCUGAUAUCCAGGAGAGAAACUCGUGAAUUCGCAGAAAAAGAGAGUACAAAAACAAAUCAGAAGUUGCUUCAAAAUUUGAUGAAAAGUCGAGCUGUAAAGGAAGUUCUUGGAGACAAUGCAGGACCAUCGACCAGUCAAGUGCCAACUUCCAACAGGGCCAGAGAUAUGUUUGAGCUUCCUCCCCUACCUCCUGAAUUUCUAAGGAUGCAGGAAGAAUGCAAAAGUUGGGAAGAAAGUGUCACUGCACAGGAAAUUCUCGCUGAGGAUGAGUUGGACGAGAUAGAUAUUGAUUCGCCAGACUUCUCUAGUUUGCCGUCCGAGUUACAACUCGAGAUCCUCACGACCAUGAAGCAGCAGCGAAAACACAACAUGUCGGCCAUGGUCAAUGAUCUUCCAGAGGAUUCUCUUGACUUUUCAAGUUAUCAAAUGGCAAAAAUUCUUAAACAGAAUAAACUGGGAGCAAAAAUUGAGCAAGUUCGUAAAGAUAUCAAUACUCCAUGUAAGUCUGAGAUCAGCUUGACACUCGGAGAUGAUUACUACGGUGACUCGGUGAUACAAUCGCAACGAGUGAUGUCGGAGGAUUCGUCCCAUUUUGUUCUGAUCAAAGGUAUCGGCAAGAACCGGCGAGACGAAGAGCUAGCCAAAGCAAAGAAAUAUGAAGAGGAGUUACUUCAGGCAGAACUAGCAGAAGCACAGAAACAAGAAAACGAAAGAAAAAAUGUGAAGCAAAAGAUUUUGGAUGAAUCAGUUGGAAAAACAGAUAUGAAGGAGUCGUCAACAGAGGAAAUAGCAGACUUGAAUUCAUCAGAUUCUAGGCAAGAAAUGGAAACUGUACCUGAAAAUAGUCAUGAAAUAAAAACUGGAGAAAAUGUGAUGAGAGAGGAAAUAGUCAUAUCUGAUAACCUUACAAAGCCAGGUACGUCUGGUGACCAUGACAGAAGUAACAUUCUUAGCGAAGUGUUGAAGAUGAAAAACAAGUUACUGCAAAAAAUUUCUGCUGAUGCAGCCGAUGUUUCCGAUUCUUGUGAUAAUGUUAUACCUGACAAUGUCAAUAGGAUAGAAACUAUAUCCACACAUAAACCAUCUCAAACUGCAGAAAAAUCCAGCGAAACAUCUACUGCCGAUACGUCUGUAAUUUAUGUCAACGGUGAUGCUCAACCUUCGAGCAGCCAAACAGAAAAGGACAUUUCUGAAAACACCAAACCGUCCACCAGUCGUGCAGAAAAUGAUAUAUUUGUGCAAAACUCGAAUCCAUCCAACAACCAAGUAGAAAAGCAACUCCUGUUUGUGAAUGAUCCGAAACCGUCCACCAGCAAGGGCAAUAAUGAUAACCAUGUCGUAGAACUCUCAAGUGAUGAUGGCGAUGUUGUCAUAAAGAAACCAAGGCUGAGUGCUGAUGUUACCGUCCAGCAGCCUACUGCUCCUGUAGCUGUUGUGGCCAGCAGUUCUGAAGAUGAAGGGUUCAUGGAGAUUUCUAUAGAUCCAACUAAAAGUGUUGUACCCGAUGACCUAUUUCCUGCCUCCAUGUUUACAAGUGAAGCUAGCAAGGAUAAAGUCAUUGAUACUGUGACAUUACCACCUUCUCCACCUGAGGAGCAGAUAAUUAGCCCUCCCUCUCCCCCGCAGGAAGUGGUCUCACAGGAGGAGGCACCGGUUACCGUGACUACAGAUAAGGAACUGAUGGAAGCGACAUCUGGUGGAUUUCAGGAACCAAAUCCAUUUCAGGAUUUUACAGAGGAAGAUUUGCUGGGGUACAAGGAAGAUCUCGAGAUGGAAAGCAGAAGCUUGCAGCAGGAGCGUGGUAAACAGGACCGACUAGCCACGAGUAUAACUGACCAGAUGUACCUAGAGGCACAGGAGCUGUUGCGGAUGUUUGGCGUUCCCUACAUCGUCAGUCCGAUGGAGGCUGAGGCUCAGUGUGCGUUUAUGGACCUCACCAAUCAAACACAAGGAUCCAUCACCGACGACAGCGAUAUCUGGUUAUUUGGCGGGACCCGUGUCUACAAAAACUUCUUCAAUCAGAACAAGCAUGUUGAAUUUUUCCAGAGAACCAAUAUAGAUGAUCAAUUAGGUUUGUGCCGAGAGAAAAUGAUCAACAUCGCUCUGCUGUGUGGCAGUGACUACACCUUGGGGGUACAGAGGGUCGGUCCUGUGUCUGCUCUGGAGAUCAUGGCAGAGUUUCCAGGGGAAGGAAUCCAGGGACUUGUUGACUUCAAGUCCUGGUGGGACAGAGUAAGACAUCAGCAAGACAAGGACACUAAGAUCAGGAAUAAACUCAGGAAGCUGGAUAUUAACGAAGGAUUUCCCAGCACAGCAGUUGUGGAUGCUUACCUCGACCCACAAGUUGACCAGUCGGAGGAAGCCUUCUCCUGGUCGCGACCUGACCUUGACCUUCUUCGAGAUUAUGCCAGAGAGAAAUUUGGCUGGAUGAAAGAAAAGGUGGACGAGAAUCUCCUUCCUGUGAUGAAGAAGAUGAACGAGAAACAGAGUCAGGGAAGAAUUGACAAAUUUUUUCAACCAGAAGCAUUUCUAGAACCUAAAAAGGCACAAAGUUCUCGUGUCAAAAAGGCUCUUUCAAAAUUAACAAGUGCUCCUACUCCUGAACUUUCCCAAACCGAGGCAAAUAAGGCCCAUAUACAAAAAGCAAAAGAUGCUAUGGCUGAAAGACAGAAAAAGUUGAAAGAUAAAGAGGUCAGUGAAAGGCAAAGGUCAAAGGGUAAAGGUAAAGGAAAGGGCAAAGGCAAGUUGAAAGGUGAUUCUAAGAAGAGUGAAGGUAAGCCUUAUAAGCUUAUUAAGGUUGUUGAGCUGUCUGAGAGUAGCUCAAGUGAUGAGGAAAUGGGUAGUGCAUGUAAACUCAAAGUUAGUAAGUCAACGAAUGUUGCUGCUGCAUCUUCGGUGAGGAGAGAUGAGUUGAAAUCCCUAUCCCAUCUUGAACCAGGAGGAUUUUGUCGGGACGACGAUGAAGAUACAAGCGAGACAGUGGGACAAAAACUUAAAUCUCACUUUGAUCGUCUCGAAAAUGGGUUUGUUUCACAGAUGGAAGUGCAACAGAAACCUAGUGGUAGACAGACGCGUAAAAGGAGGGGUAAACAAUCCUCCAAUACAGCUGAUGAGGAAAUGACAAUAUCAAGGGUCUCACGGACGUCGAAAACUAAGGCUCGCUCAAAAAUGGCCAAGAUGAACAUCUCUGACAGUUCAUCUGAUAGUGAUUAUUGAUGUAAACGUUUAUGGUUGUCUGACCUGACCUAUUUCUAUGUAAUAAAGAGCUGUAACAUAGUAGAGGCAUUCUGUUUCUGUAUAGGUAUCAUGAUCCUUUGAUGGGCAAUACAUGUAUUGUAUCUUAAGGGUAUUUAGAUACUUGAUUCUGAUUUGUGAAAAUUUCAAAAACACAAUCAAUAAUAUCUAUGUUAAAAUUUGUUGUUAAUUGAAUGGAGAUAAAUUCCGUUUCUUGUCUUGACAGUAUGCUUUGUGUAUUGUCUGAGCCUGGAUUUGAAACUCUUUUUACUCUGUCUGCCAACCCUGCCAGAAAGUUUACCCAUGAAUGUAAAUGAAAAUUAAUUUAUUGAAAAAAAUAUGUUCGUCGGACAAUUUUAAAUGUUUAGAUAUAAUAGUAUAUUUUGAAGUGUUUUAAUUUUGUUCACAAUAUUUCACUUUCUCAAUUGUCUGGAAAAUAAUUGCUAUCGUAUACAUAUUCAGAAUUUAAUUUGUAAAAAUAUUGCUUCCAACUGAAGUUUACUUAAUAUCUUUUUACCUCCCAAAAGUAUGCUUGUUGUGAAAAGAUGUGUGUUCAGAAUUAAAACAUAUGCAUGUU